AUGGUUAUCGGAAUCGCCAUGAUGGCGACCAUGUUACCCACCAUGAUCGGAUUGAAUGAAGCUACUCAGGGGCAUCGGGAUCAAGAGGAGGGUCGUCGCGCCGCGGCUCGCAAGCAACGCUCUCACCUAGUGGCGACAUGCUCCCUAUCUCAGGGCACCACAGAAUCGCGCCAACAAAUUCAAAAUGCUCAGAUCCAGGUGGGUCUGGACGGCAAACUCUACAUCACCAAGAAACCUAGCGCCACGAUGGUCCCGUUCAAUGGGGGGUUCUAUACACACCCGGACUUUCCCCCGGAUAAUACAUCGGGCAUGGUGACUAUUAGUGGAGAGGAAGCUCCUACUCUUCGCUGGGUGUUUUUAGAUGCGGACACACAUGAAAUGCGGUGGGGUGGUCGGCCCGAUUCCGAGGGCCAUGUAUGUGGACCUUUUGACUGGACAAAAGAUGAGCAGUAUGUGACGUUAAAUGGAUGGGAAGGGUGGUUGGCGGUGCAAUUGCCAGGGGAUGAGGUUCAUGGCCCAGCAGAGCAUGGGAUCGUCAAUGGGAGCGACGUCUGGCGGUUGUAUUUUGACCGAAAUGAUGACGGCGCUGAUUUACCGCCGGGGGCCAAGGGGCUGGAAAUCCAGCUGAAGCGAACGACAGCGCAGUCUUAA